CAGUUCUCCAUUCAUUCCUCAGAAUCCCCAAAACUUAGGGAGACCUUCUUCCUUAUUGUCUCUUACUACCGAUGAAGAUGGUGAAGAUAUGAACCAUGAAUCCAUGGUUAUUGUUUCCAACCAUCUUUCGAAGGCACAUUCACAUUCGAUGGUGUUUGAAACCGAUGAAGAAGAUGAAGACAACGAGCAUCGGGGGUCUCACGACAGGUUUGAGUUGGAUACAACGUUUAUCAUGCCAAAAGUGUCUAUGGAUACUCCUUUGUCUAACACAUGUAGACAGAUGACCAUAACCUUGUUGAGCUCGUGCGACUUGAGUUGUCAUAAUGAAACGAAUCAGUUGAUGAGUUCAGUUCAAAGAGAAUUGGGUGGGAAUGUGAAUAUUGUGCAUUUGAGUCUUGAGAAGCAGUCUUUGCGGGACCGCUCCAAUGACCAGAUAAUCAAGGAUUCAAACUUGAUAUUCAUCGUCAAUGAUGGGUCUUUUGUUUUCAUUGACUUUCUAAACAAUAUCUUUAAUGGUCUCGAGGGUCCUAAGGAUAUUAGCGAGAGUGAUUAUGAGGAUGAUUCGUUACCCAAAUUGACGGUUAUCAAUAUGAUGACGGUUAAUUAUUUCAUCAAUUUGUUUGAUCUUAUCAACAACUUGAAACCAUAUCAGAUUUGGAAGACAUCUUCAUUGAGCCAGCAGAACUUGUUGAACAAGUUUAAGGAUUUCAUUGAAUACGAAAUGGAUAAUUCAUUGUACUGCACUACGUUGUCCAAGGAAACCAGAAGCAAGUUUGAGAGUAGUUUUGUCAAAGAAAGGUCCAACUCAGUGUACUCUAGCUUGAUUACUGUUAAGCGGCCCAAUUACAAGAAGUUGGAGAAGCAGUUUAAAGCUGAGUUACUGGUUGAUUCCAGUCAAGUUAAUCCCUUGAACUUGGAUUUGAAGAGGCUUUCAUGCUUUAAUGCCAUCUGUUUGGUUUUCGGGAGAUUGAUGAAUCAUUCAGAAAAGUUCUCCAUUUCAACACCAAGCUCCAGCAAAAUCCCAAACUUGUAUUUGAUUGGGUCAUUCACUGUGGGUGUCUCAUUGGGGUUGGGAAUUGCCAGUGGACUUGCUAGGGUUGUUGGCCUUUACUUGUCUGAUGGUAUCAAUACCAUCGCCGACUCUAUUGAACCCAAGACCUUGGUCAAAGAAAUAAAAGUUGACAACUCGAUACUCUCAAAGCUUUCAAAUCUGGUAUUUGAAAAUGAAGAUGUUUUUGAUGGGCUUGUCAAGUAUCUUUCUAACCUCUUAUCGGGCUUACAGCUGACCAGUUCAUUCAUGGUGGAUGCAGCUAAGGGUGGAUUCCAGAAGUUGAUGGCAGUUGUAUUUUAAUUGGUGGAUGGUUAUUCCAGUGUUUGUUAAUCAGGUACAUAGGGUUUAGGGAAUAUAUGUUAGAAUUUUGAAUAUUU